UUGACUGUGAAACCCCGAGCGCGGACCUGCCAACGCCCGGCGCAGAGACACAAACAGAAAGGAUACGAUCUUGAAUGAGAAUAGUGGAUCCUACAAGAGCACAGCUAUGCAGACAAUUAAGUGCGUUGUCGUGGGCGAUGGUGCCGUGGGUAAAACCUGUCUUUUAAUCUCAUACACAACCAACAAAUUCCCCUCUGAAUAUGUACCAACGGUCUUUGAUAACUAUGCAGUAACGGUUAUGAUUGGAGGGGAACCGUACACCCUAGGAUUAUUUGAUACUGCAGGUCAGGAAGAUUACGAUAGGUUACGACCACUGAGCUACCCUCAGACAGAUGUCUUCUUAGUCUGUUUCUCCGUCGUCUCUCCUUCUUCGUUUGAAAACGUUAAAGAAAAGUGGGUACCUGAAAUCACUCACCACUGUCCAAAGACUCCAUUCCUGCUGGUUGGGACGCAGAUUGACUUGAGAGACGACCCCUCGACGAUCGAGAAGCUCGCCAAGAACAAACAGAAGCCCAUCACCCCAGAGACAGCUGAGAAGCUGGCCCGCGACCUGAAGGCGGUCAAAUAUGUCGAGUGCUCCGCUCUGACACAGAGAGGUCUGAAGAAUGUAUUUGAUGAAGCUAUCCUAGCUGCUCUUGAGCCUCCCGAAACGCAGCGAAAACGGAAGUGCUGUAUAUUCUAAAGUCUCCUCCUUUAUUUUGUUCUUUCCAUAAUCCCUCACCUUCCGACGGCCUGUUGCCUCCUUUGUUGUCCCCUCCUGUAAGAACAGUCUGUCUGCCCGAUAAGUGGCCCGCCACCAUCUUUUAAGCCUUGUUCAGUUUACGGCCUUUCACCCUUGAGAAACUCAAACUCUUGCUUCCUGUAACUCUGUGCUAUGAAUUUUCUUUGCCAAUUCGUUUUCUUGGCCUUGCCUUGAAGGACUGGUACCCCUGUUACUGCGCUGGAUCUGGUGUAAGGAUGCUAACAUGUGUAACGCCGUUUGACAGCAACUUCUCUGCAUAGGCUUUGUCGCGCUGUAAGGGUGUAAAAGAGGAAUCUCAUGGUAUCUGUAACUUGCUCUGAAAACAAAUGGUUUGUUACCUCAGUGCUGAGUUUUUUUUUGGUUAGCAGUUUUUUUUUCCAUUUUCGCUGCAUAAUGCAUUGUGAAGUAAAACUAUUUUUAUGAUUUCCCUAGCCAUCAUGUCAAUGUAUUAUUUUUUUGUACUACUACCGAUGUAUCAUAGAAAGUAAACACUAAAUACGGUCAUUUAAGGCUAUAGUGUGCCAUUGGAUGCGGUUGGUAUCCGAAUGAGAUUUGAGAUUAAAGAACCCAGUAUAAUCUUGUGAAAUGAUAUGUGACUUGAAUAAACAACAACUGAAAUAGCCAUCCUGUUCCUGUCCAU